AUGAUAUGUUUAAAGAGUGAAGAUGGAGAUAUCAUUGAUUGCAUAGAUAUAUACAAGCAGCCAGCUUUUGAUCAUCCUUCUUUAAAGGAUCACAAAAUCCAAAUGAGCCCGAGCCAAAGCCACGAGGAUGUGUCAAUGCAGAGUGAGACGGGCAGAGGCUCUCGUGUAUCCAUGACAUCACAAUUAUGGCACAAAAACGGGAGCUGCCCGAAGGGAACAGUCCCCAUUCGGAGAGCAAAGGAUCCCAACUACGGGAGGAAAAAGGCCAUGUUUUCUCACCACAAUGGCAGCAUUGGGCAGACUUGGCUGCGCCCUAACUACGCUUUGGGAAUACUUCACACGGAAGGAUAUGCCUACAUCGGGGGUAAAGCAGAUAUGCUUGUUCAAUAUCCAAAAGUGGAGCUAGACGAUGAGUACUCGACUUCAAGGGUGUCGCUCAAGACUGGACCUUACUACGACUUUGAGGCCAUGGAGGCGGGCUGGCAAGUGAAUCCUACUGUGUAUGGAGACAGGAAGACAAGGCUGUUUGUUUAUUGGACAAUUGAUGCUGCCAACAAAACAGGCUGCUUUGAUCUAACCUGCCCCGGAUUCGUGCAAACGAGCAGCGAGAUAGCCCUCGGUGCAGUCAUAUAUCCUAUUGCAGAGCCCAACGACCUCCCAUACCAAAUAACCAUCUUCAUCUACAGAGAUCCAUACACGGGCAACUGGUGGAUGCAAUACGGAGAGCAGACCAACAUCGGGUACUGGCCACCGGAGCUGUUUGUGAGGAUAAGGAAUCAAGCAGAGACGGUGCAGUGGGGCGGGGAGGUGCACAGCAAGAGAGUCGGAGUGCAUCCUCACACAGCCACAGCAAUGGGCAGCGGGCAGUGGCCGUUCCCAACGCUCUAUAACACGGGCCUCAUGACAAGGAUGAGAGUGUUGUUAGGAAACGUGUUGAAGUUCCCGGAUUGGGCGUACGUGUAUGCCGAUGAGUAUAGAUGCUAUGAUGUUGUGUACGUCAGUGAUUAUGUUUAUGAUCCUGAGUUUUACUUUGGAGGCCCUGGUAAAAGCUGGGAAUGCCCUUAA